AUGCAAUCAUACCAGCAGCAGCAGCAGCAACAUCAACAGCAUCAACAGCAGCAACAGCAGCAACAGCAGCAGCAGCAGCAGCAGCAGCAGCAGGGCGCCACCUCACUGCCGCCUGAGCUGGCCGCCGACCCUGAGAUCUCCGCUGCCCAUGCGCGCCAUAUGCGCGACAUGGCGCUGCUGCGAAUGGAGGUCGACCGCGCCAAAUCUGCGCAGGAGCUGGCGCGCGUGAGGGCGUCGCUGGCUGAGCUGAGAGCCGCGGCUGCAGCUGAGCUGCCGCCGUCAGCGGGCGAGGACAGGGAGCCGGCGUCCGAGCCACAAGAAGGCGCGUUGGAGGAGGAGGCUGCGCCGCCCGACCCCGAGGAGCAUGCCUCUGGCGACUGGGCGCACCACGCCGACCCCCUGGCCGAGCGGGACGCGGCCGCCGCUGCGCUGGAGGAUGAGGGGCUGGGGCUGGCGGAGGGCAGCGCGCUGGAGGCGGCGCGGGGGUCUAACGCAGACACCGACGUGCUGCGGGUGGCGGUGCAGGGCGCCGGCCCUUUCAGCAAGCGCGGCACGUACAGGGUUGGCGUCUCCCUGUAUGAGGGGUUCCAGCCUGUGGAGGCCGGACACGGCACCACCGUCCACGCUUACACUGGAAAGCGCACUCUUGGCCUCACAACGGCCGCGGGCGCUACUGCGCCGUCAUCAGCGGCUGCGGCUGUGGCGGCAGCGGCAGAUACGAGGCUGGUGGCCAAGUGGGGGGAGGCUGUGACGCUGAGGGGUGUGCGGCUGAGCGCGUCCACGCUGCUGGUGUUCCAGCUGCUGCUGGCCAAGCCGGGGGUGGCAGGGCUGCCGAUGCGCGAGGUGCUGGUGGCGUGGGCGUUUGCUCCCGUGCUGACGCGCGGCCAGGUGCUGUCGGGGUCCCAGAGCAUCCCGCUGUUCCGGCUGCCCCUGGUGCUGGCCGCGCGCCGCAAGUUCACCUACGACGGCGCCCUGCUGGACUUCAGGGUGACGCGCUACAGCGGCGCACCAGGGGACCUGGAGGCGCUGGAGAGCGAGCCUGGCGGUGGCCCCGCCUCGGGGUCAGGCCCGGCCCGCAGCGGUGGUAUCGCCGCCGGGGGCGGCAGCGGCAGCGGCGGCGCGGGCGAGGACAUCCCCGGCGUGCCCGCUGCGGCGUGGGUGCGGGUGCAGCGGGGGACGCCGCCUUCAGACCCGUACACACCUGCCUCUGAAUCGGAGUCUCUCCUUUCUUGA